UCAACCUUACAUGGACGAGCUAGUUGAUCAAAUUAUUGAGGAUAUUGAAUCUAUAAAAGAGGAGCAUCGUAAUUUCAGAAAGUUUCUUCCCAAAGAUUGUCGGCGAAAAUCACAAGACAGUUACGACGAAGACAAGAUGUCUCAAAAAAGAGUGAUCAAAAUACCCAAAGCUAGUGAUGCUAUGGCUAAAGCUAAACUGACAAUAGCUAAGAGGCCAAAGACAAGUGGGUCCCAACAAGUUUCCGAGAUUGACUUUUCUGAUAUUCCGCUGACCCAAUCUUCUUUGGGUACAUGUACUACUAUCAAGAGGAAAGUUGACUUUCUUGACCCAGAGGUCCCUGAUGAGACUGUCCUACGAAUUCCUCAUACAGUGUCGGUUUACUCGAACCCUACAUCGAUUGAAGGACAUGUAAGUGGACUACUUCAUCCUGCUGAUCGAGAACGAUUGAAUGAUCUUGGUCGAGUUGGGGCUGCCAACUAUGGAGUAGCUGAGGCUUACAAGAUUCUUCAAGCCAUGAUUUACAUUCGAGAAGAUUAUCCUGUUUGGAGAAGAAGAAUAGAAUUUUGGCCAAUAAUAAUGCUUCCCUGAAGCUAGAGAUUGAGAAGCAUGUAGAGAAAGAGAGCCAAUCUAAAGAUCUCAUUAAAUCUCUAAAGGAUGAGCUUAAGAAGGUGAAGCAAGAGCUGAAUAAUGAGAAGAAAAAGGCAGAGGACCUUGCCUUUGAUUUUGAGCAGGUUGCUUUGACUGCUGUUAUCAAGACUCGUGGAGAACUAAUGAUCGAGUACAAGGAAGGAAGAUAUAAUGACUGGGAUGUGGAAGGUGAGAUAGAAACUUAC